AUGAUAAAAUUAUUCAUCGAAAGUAGAUAUGAUGCAACACCAUUACAUGUAGCAACUGAUCGUAAUAGACUUGAUAUUGUUAAAUAUCUGAUUGAAGAAGCACAUGGUGGUGUACAUAAAUUAUUACAACAAACUGAUACAGGUAUUAAUCACCAGAAUAUUUAUGGAGAAACAACAUUACAUUAUGCUGCAAUACAUGAUCAAAAUGAUGCUAUUUAA